GCGCCAGUGCACAUCCCACCCGGGUGCGAGCUGCUCCGGCCCUCGUCCCGACAUGAGCGACCUGGAGCUGCUGAUGCCUGGGGAGGCCGAGGCGCUGGUGCGGGGGCUGCGCUGCUUCCCCCUGCGAGACACGGGCUCCCCUGGGUGGAACCAGCAGCAUGAGAGCCUGGAGAAGCUGAACAUGCAGGCCAUCCUCGACGCCACGGCCAGCCAGGGAGAGCCCAUCCAGGAGCUGCUGGUCACGCACGGGAAGGUCCCCACCUUGGUGGAGGAACUGGUUUCAGUGGAGAUGUGGAAGCAGAAAGUGUUCCCUGUGCUGUGCCGGCUGGAGGACUUCAAGCCCCAGAACACCUUCCCCAUCUACAUGGUGUUACACCAUGAGGCCUCCAUCAUCAACCUCCUAGAAACCGUGUUCUUCCACAAGGAGGUGUGUGAGUCAGCUGAAGAAACAGUCUUGGACCUGGUGGACUACUGCCACCGCAAGCUGACUCUGUUGGUGGCCCGGAAUGGCCAUGGGUCCCCUGAUGUGGAGAAGGAGUCGCACUACAGCAACCCCAUGCAGGAGCUGCAGAAGCAGGCGGAGAUGAUGGAAUUUGAAAUCACACUGAAGGCCCUCUCGGUGCUGCGCUACAUCACAGACUGUGUGGAUAGCCUUGCCCUGAGCACCUUGAGCCGCAUGCUCAGCACCCACAACCUACCUUGCCUCCUGGUGGAACUGCUGGAGCACAGUCCCUGGCGCCGGCGGGAAGGAGGCAAGCUGCAGCAAUUUGAGGGUGGCCGUUGGCAGACAGUGGCCCCCUCAGAGCAGCAAAAGCUGAGCAAGUUGGACGGACAGGUGUGGAUCGCCCUGUACAACCUGCUGCUCAGCCCGGAGGCCCAGGCCCGCUACUGCCUCACAAGCUUUGCCAAGGGACAGCUCCUCAAGCUCCGGGCUUUCCUCACAGACACACUGCUUGACCAGCUGCCCAACCUAGCAGACCUGCAGGCUUUCCUAGCCCACCUGGCCCUGGCUGAAACCCAGACCCCUAAGAAGGACCUUGUGUUGGAACAGAUCCCAGAAAUCUGGCAACGGUUGGAGCAAGAGAACAAAGGAAAGUGGAGAGCUAUUGCCAAACACCAACUGCGGCACAUGUUCAGCCCCUCAGAGCAGGACCUGCGGCUGCAGGCACGCAGGUGGGCUGAGACCUACAGGCUGGACGUGCUCGAAGCAGUGGCCCCCGAGCGCCCCCACUGCGCCUACUGCAGCGCAGAGGCCUCCAAGCGCUGCUCGCGAUGCCAGAACGAGUGGUACUGCUGCAGGGAAUGCCAAGUCAAGCACUGGGAGAAGCAUGGGAAGGUGUGUGCCAGGGCAGCCCAGGAUGGCAGAGCCAAGUGAAGAAAGACUGAAGCUGCGGAGAGCGCGCCGGCGAGAAACCCUGCCAGCCAGCCUGUGCCCGGGAACCUGUGACAGGGCUCGGUGCAGCUCCCCAGGUGGUGAGCACCUUGCGGGGAGCUGCUGCGGCCCCAUCCCAUCUCCCGGGUGCCGGUGCCCCACCCGGGGCCGAGCUGGGGCGGGGGUGAGGCCCGGAUGUGGGGACCCUCUUCCUCUAACACAGUAAAGCGGGCCUCCAGAA